AAUGUCCUUUGUUGGUAAGGAUGGGAAGGAAGCCAUGUUGUGACAAGAUGGGGUUGAAGAAGGGUUCUUGGACUGCUGAAGAGGAUGAGAUUCUUGUUAAUUAUAUCAACAAGAAUGGUGGUCAUGGAAGUUGGCGUUCUCUCCCUAAGUUAGCAGGUCUUCUUCGUUGUGGCAAGAGUUGCCGGCUAAGAUGGACAAACUACCUCAGACCAGAUAUUAAACGUGGUUCCUUUACACUUGAGGAAGAAAAACUAAUCAUACAGCUUCAUGGUAUCCUUGGAAAUAGGUGGGCUGCUAUAGCCUCUCAGCUACCAGGAAGAACAGACAAUGAGAUCAAGAACUUAUGGAACACCCACUUAAAGAAACGUCUCAUUUGCAUGGGCCUGGACCCACAAACCCACCAACCACUAGCCUCUCCUCAUAACCUAAACGACAAGGCCCAUGCAUCAUCCACUUCAACCCGCCACAUGGCCCAGUGGGAGACUGCAAGGCUUGAAGCAGAGGCCAGGCUCUCAAGGGAGCCACAUUUCAACAACAAAACUGACUCUGACUACUUCCUCCGCAUUUGGAACUCUGAAGUUGGAGAAUCUUUUCGUGAUGUCCACAAAUCAGAAUCUUCAAUCAAAUGUGAGUCAUUGUCUGCCACCACUACUACUACCACUACAGAUUUGGCUUCCUCAACCCCAGCAAGCAUUGUCAAAAAGGAGUUUUUGUGGGGUGUUAAGAAAAUUGUCUCUUAUUCAUCAUCAAGCUCUAGUGAACUAGAACAUGACUCUUGUGACACUUCAUUGCAGUUCUUGUUGGACUUUCCUAUAAACAAUGACAUGAGCUUCUUAGAAUUAUGAGA